AUUUUGUUGCUUUGUUGUCCUUAAAAGAGUAGAAAUAUGAAGCUUCCUACACGAGUGUGGCAGUGGGCGUGGUUAUAAACUCUUCCUGCCUGUUUCAGCCAAUGAGGGAGGAGUGGGCGUGACACUAGACUUAGUUUACAGGCAGUGUUAGCUUUAGCCUUAACGCUGGCCGCUAGCUUUAGCGUUAGCUUUCCUUCCAGCUCCGGAACAAAGCGCGGUAAUCCAGUUUAACUCGGAUUAACUAAUGACUUUAACUGAUAAUCUAAGACUAUAAGGAUCCGACUGACUGUUUCAGAUCAAUAAACCGAGUAGCCCAGGUAGCCGUUAGCCGUUUUUACCAUUGUUGUGAAUGGCGUUAGCCUGCUAGCCGCUAGCCGAGAUGGAGUUCAGUGUGAGGCGCCUGGCGGCGGACGCUGGGACUUUAUUCAGCCGAGCUGUGCAGUUUACUGAGGAGAAGCUCGGCCAGGCCGAAAAAACCGAGCUCGAUGCCCACCUGGAGAACCUGCUCAUCCGUGCGGAAGCUACGAAACACUGGACGGAGAAGAUCAUGAAGCAGACGGAGGUUGUACUGCAGCCCAACCCGAAUGUCAGGAUGGAGGAGUUUCUUUACGAGAAGCUGGACAGAAAGGUUCCCACCCGAGCCAACAACCACGAGCUGCUGGGGGAGGGCAUGAUCGACGCCGGGCACGAGUUUGGACCCGGGACAGCGUACGGCAGCGCUCUGAUUAAGUGUGGGGAGACGGAGAAGCAGCUCGGGAGCGCUGAGAAGGAGUUCAUCCACAGUGCAGCCAUCAACUUCCUCACUCCAUUCAGGAACUUCAUCGAUGGAGAUUACAAAACCAUCUUAAAAGAGCGAAAGCUGCUGCAGAAUAAGCGUCUGGAUCUGGAUGCAGCUAAAACCAGGCUGAAGAAGGCCAGAGUAGCCGAUGCUCGAUCAGCAGCAGAGACGGAACUCAGGAUAACCCAGAGUGAGUUUGACCGUCAGGCUGAGAUCACCAGGCUGCUGCUGGAGGGCGUGAGCAGCACUCACGCGCAUCACCUGCGCUGUCUGAACGACUUCGUGGACGCUCAGGCUUCGUACUACGCUCAGUGUUACCAGUACAUGGUCAAUCUGCAGAAACAGCUCGGAAGCUUCCCGACUACAUUCUGCUCCAAUAACAACGCACCUUCAGCGAGUUCCUCUGCCAGCAUCUCAGUGGCCCCUCCCACUCUGACCCCAACGCUGACCCCGGGUCAGGCCUCCCCGUCCCUGAGCGAACUCCGCAGCUCCUCCGGGCCGCGCAGAGCUCGCGUGCUGUACGACUACGAUGCGGCCAGCAGCAGUGAACUCUCCCUCCUGGCUGACGAGGUGAUCACUGUGAGCAGCGUCCCAGGCAUGGACUCUGAUUGGCUGAUGGGGGAGAGGGGCCAUCAGAAAGGAAAAGUGCCCAUCACCUACCUGGAGCUGCUGAACUGAGCAAAGGAGCACUUCACACUCCAGGUGUCGUUCUAACGAGAGCACAGCUCCUGCAGGGCGUUUCAGAAACCAGGACCUCUCAGUGACCUCAGAGUGAGGACUGUUCAACGGGAGAACCCAGACGUUCCCACCGGACAGUCCUCACUUAGAGGAGUUCAUUAAAGAGAUUUUAACAAGGCCUCAGUCUGCUGUGUCUGCAGCGUUCGGCUGAUCACCACAGACGAGAACUUUAAUAUACUUCUCUGAACUUAGAAAACAGCAGAAAACUCCAGAGUCACUUAUGCUACGUUUACACAGCAGGUAAAAGUGGCCCAAAUCUGAUUUUCUCACCAAAUCUGAUUUUUUUUGUUUGGCUGUUCACAAUAU